UGGCUAAAACAGUCGAGAGCAGAUAAUCAAACAGUGCGGGCCACGGUACGGAACAUUGUGUGGUACUUACUAUCAUUAUUGGUAUAUACAUAUGUAUAUACUUUUGGCAGUUGGGGAGUGUGUUGUGUUUUGCUAGUCGCUUGAUCGCUUUUGUGUUUUCAAAACAAAAGACGAGCAAAUAUUUAAAUAAAGUUUCGUGAACUUGUUUUAAUGUACAUGUAUUUUUCUCCGCUUGUCAAAUAACAGAGACUGAAAACAUUGUUUUGGAGACUUUGGCUACUCAGCAAAAGCGAAUUUUUCAACAGAGCUUAAAAUUUGCCUAAAAUUUUAUAUUGGAUACACAUUUUGAAUGCCCGCAAAACUGAGGUAAGAACUGCCAGGCGUAGCGUCAAAGCGGUAAAAUUUCCUCAUGAACGCAAAUCGGCUUUUAUUUGGAUUAGUCACCAUAAAGCGCGUUAAAAAUUAAAAAUCACAAUAAGAGAAAAUAUAUAACACUUUUUACUACAGACAAAUUGAUCGAAAAUGGGCUGGGCGCCUCUGCUAUGGUGUCUGCUGUUAGCAUUGAGCACAACAGUUCUUCUCAAUGGUGUUCAAGCGCAAUCGAAUUAUGUACAGCAAGGAGAUAGCGGAAACUACACAACGAAUGGACUGCCUGAGGAAGCUACUUUGGAUGGGAAGGUUACCAAGUUAGAUGAUAUCAGUCCAUUGAUAUUUUUGAACCGCACGAAAGCAGCGCUUAAUUGUGCCGCCGGUUCAAUGCAAGUCGACAUGAAGUUCAAUGAACCGUUCCACGGUAUAAUUCAAGCAGAUUAUGAUCGCAGCAGCGCUUGUCGUGUGAAUGGCAAAGGUGCCCUGAGUUAUAGACUGGAGCUACCCCUUAAAGGAUGUGGGACUAUACAGAAUCCCACUCGCGUCUUUACCAACAAUAUAAUUGUUCGUUUUCAUGCCAAUUUGGAAAUGGACGGUGAUGAGAUAAUUACAAUCGUUUGCCGUUAUCCGCCGCCCAUACCUUCACUGCCACCAGCUCUACCAGCACCUAUCUUGAAUCCCAUCGCCACUGGUUCCGUUCUACAGCCGCCUCUUAAAGGUAUACAGCUACUCUUAAUUAUUUGCGCCAUUAUGUUCCUUACAUUACUACUGCUUGGUUUGGCUGUGUCAUACUACUGCUUGCGCAGUCGCCCAAUACCGGUGGUGCGUCGCCUCCCUAUGUCCAUGGGCAGUGGCUCAGAAAUCACCAAAUUGAGUGGUAGUAGCAUGGGUAAUAUCAGUGCCUUCGAAGGUGUUAAAAUACCCCGAGCUAUGGUGCCAUUGGCGGCUGUGCAUAGUUCAUCGGGUAGCGAAGGUGCGCUCAUACCUUCCGACUAUCCAAGCGAGUCACAUUCCGAAAUCGAAGAAAUCGAUACGAGAUCACUGCCAUUUAGCUCAGCAGGUAGCUUUGAAAAUCGUGCAUUUGUCCAAGAGACUUCCAGCAUUUAUAGCGAUCACUAUGGACAUACUCAAGAAGUGCAGGCUGCUAAUGCAUUAGCCACUUCAGUUCCUCGUCAUCCUAUUGCCAUUAAGGAAUCUUCAUCACCGAAAUUCGACGUUCAAGUACGCGUCAAGAAAUCGCCGCCACCACCACCUUCACCCGUUACCUCAGACACUGAAAGUGUCGCAACACUUCGUCCAGAUCGUAAUAAUCUAUCGACUAUUAUGGAGACACAUGAAGACCGUGAAAGUAUUAUGACUAUGGAUUCAAUGCCCCCGCCAGAGGAGACUGUGCAUACCCAGUUCACAUAUGUUCCUGAAUUACACCCGGCACCUAAACAUACUGCGGAAUCAUCACCACCACCACCACCAGAGCCUGUGUUCUCCGUAUAUGCACGCACCCAUCAUGAAAUGGUCGAUGGACGUCCUGAAACCUGGUCAGAUUUUACUGAUGCACCAACAGUUAGUGAGGUCACCGAUUUGCAAUCCGAAGCACCUGACAUGCACUCGGUUGGCGAAAUGGUCGAUAGUACGCAUUUCUUCGAGGCAGAUUACCUUCCACCGGAGCCACCAAUUGUUGUGAAAAAACCUCAAGUCACAUCACACACUGUAGAUGACGUAUACUUACGUACCAUUACUGAAAAGAAGACCAUUGAAGACAUUGAGAGUCAUAAACGACGUGUUACCGAAUACAAGGCGAAGCCUAAGCCAUUGCCACCGCCAAUUCCCGAUCCAACAUGGGAUGUUAAGAUACGUAAUUAUCCAACUGAACGUGAACAGCAACGAUGGGAGAACUUCUCGGAUAUCUCAAGUGCUUCUGGCAUGACUCUCACGCCUAAAAUGGAACGCUCCGAACUAAGCUUGCCAAUAAUACCUAAAGAACCGCCACAACAAAUCUAUGACAACAAAAAGGAGCUGACCAGUCCACAGUUGGUAGGCAACAUGAAACCCAUUGAAAUGCCACCAGAAGAUAAGGCAGUGCGCAACUGGGGUGUGCUAAUACGCGUUUUGGAAGAACCUGAGUUCUCCGAGGCAGAUGAUGCCAGUUCCGUGCAUUCCAGUGUUCAUCCUCUCACACGGUUCAUCAGCUAUGACGACAAGGCCAAAUGGAAAGAGAUCAUAACUACAGAAUCAUCAUUGCGCACAAUGCUGACAGAAGCUGUGGUGCGUGAAGAUUUCGAACGAAUUCGCCAAGAUACUCGUUAUGAACGUAUAUUUGAGCCCCAGACUUGGGAUGUUAUCAUACGUAUACUGGCGCCACCCGCUGAUGAUGAUACGGAUGUGGAAAUGCGCGCACCAAAACGCUCAAAGAAAACCCAACCAUGGGACACGCGCUCCCGACGCAGUUCCUUGCCAACAUUGUACGAGUACGAUAGUGACGGCGGUUCCUCUGUGCGAACCAUACGCCAAGAUCCAAGUAUGCCAUUGCGUGACAACAGUUUUAAUAUGCACCGUUCACGCCGCUCAUCGCGUACUUCGUAUCACACGGAUCAAAAUGAUUUCCGCUCUAUGUCUGAAGUUACUGUCGACUUCGGAAGACCUGAUCACUUAGACAACGUUUCAGACGCAAGCUCUUUUUAUCCGAUGCAGUACUAUGAUGAUGAAGAUAGACGUUCUUUUCACCGAUCGGUCAGUCAUCCAUCGUUAGCGCGUUCGGCAAGCGAAUUUACCGAGCACUGGGCGGCCCCAGAUGAGCUUUCAUCACCAGAAGCCACACCAAGAUCACGCCGUUCACAACGUAUGGCAACCUUCCAGCAGCAUAUUCCGGCUCCACCGCCACCACCACGUUCUGGCCAAAUUGUAGCGCAGACCCAGAGCCAAUAUGUAGAGUCACGCCGCAGCACAACAUUCCACACAGAAAACGAAGCAGCACGAUCACGUGACUGGUAAACGUGAUGCUAUAUAUCUGCGUACACACAAACAAUAACCACACAUAUGCGUCAACGGUCGAGGGAGUUCAGCACAGAAUUUGUGAGUUCGUAGGCGAAAGAUAACAAAAGGGUGGAAAAAAUAUAAUACAAAAGUCACUGCUUUCAGUAAAAGUCAUUGCCACUCUAUACCACGUGUAUAAUAAAUACCUAUAAGUUUGUAUGUAUGAAUAUAAGUAUAUCUAACGGUUGUCCUACCUAUAUGCGAUAUAUCUAAAUUAGCAAGUAUUGAGCUCUAUAGGGCUGCCAAAUUUAUAAACAUAUGCAUAUGGCGUAAUAGGAAUACAUAACACAAGUGCCAAUUUCAACAAUCCUCUUGCAGCCACUGCAUGCUUAAAAUAAAAAAAAUUAACUAUUAACGGCUCGUAUGGUCGCAUAGAAUAUGUAUGUGUACUUGUACUCAUAAUUAUUUUAAAACAAUGUAUAAAAUUAAUUGGAACAACAAUUUGAUAUUGAAAGAUGAAUUUAUUCAUGAUUUAUUAGGUUUAAACAAAAUACCUUAAGUGAGGUUUUCACAUAUAUAAACUUUUUUUAAUAAUAAAUUCGAAACUGAAUGUGCAAGUGCAAUUUUGUAAAACCCAACGUAUUUGCUUUAAAUAUAUUUAAAAACUUUCGUAAAGCAAUGUGUUCAUACACCACCCACAAUAACGCCUGCGACACCCAAAAUAUCUACUUAGCAUACAGCAGCCACAUUAAUUUGAAUAUAUAAUAUGUGGAUGUACAUAUGUGUGCACGAAACUGUCCAAAUGUCAACACAUUACAUUAAAGCCCAUCAAAAUUCUAUCGAGUUUGCAAAUUAGCCUCAUGCAAAACUUGGCACUCGCAACCAAAUUGAAGUUUACUAACCGCAAACAGUGUGACAUUCACAUACCCACGUCUUUCAGUCAAGUAGACAGGCUCUCGGUACCAAGAGUACAUGCACAGUGCAAAGCCACAAUAGUCAGUCGUAUAGGUUAAAUAAACAGCUAGUCUAGCAACUACUGUAAAAGCAAAUAAUAAAUUUUUAAUUUUUGCGAAAAGUAUUUUCAACACAAAUAUAAGAAGGAAAGAAAAUCAGCAGACGAUCCAGUGUAUAUUUAAUGUGCUCGUAAAUAUAUAACGAAUAGAUGAAAUGGUGUUUAUGUACAUAGAAAUCUUUAAUAUAUUGUAUAUGUACAUCUGAUGUUGGUAUAUACUGAAAUAUUUAGACAUAUGUACAUAGAUCGUUGUAUUUUCUUUUGUAUCUAUGGUUAAACUUACACCGGAUUUCAUAUCAGUCGCACACACUAGCAGUAUUUCUACCCUCAUUGCUGGCAGUUUCUAUUUCUCACAGGUUUAGGCAGUUAAAACAUCAGUGCAUACACAAAUUAUAAACAUGGGUGAAAUAGUUUGGCAUUUUUGCCGCAUUUAACCGUUUUAUGAUCGGUUAAAUUCGAAAUUUAGAUGCACAAAUUUAUUGAAAGAUUACAGAUGUUAGGCAAUGUAACUAUGAUAAAAUUGCCACCAAUAGUCUUAAAGCUAGCAUACGAAUUUAAAAUUAUAUGAAGCUUAAAGUGUUGGGUUCAAGAUCAUAAUUAAUACUAGUCUAAAUCGACAAAACAACUACUGUGGAAGUGAUUCUACCAUACUGGCUUUUGAAAUGAUUUUCGACGCAACAUCACCUAUGUUGAAAUAAGCGCAUGGAUUCAGCUCUAAAAAACUAUGUUAUAUUAUAAUCAUAUAGACCCCGCUUCAUAAGAUAAAAUCGACACACAAACAUAAACAAAUUGUAGUUGCAAAUACAAGUUUUUCAAUUUUUGUUCGAGAUCAUUCUGAUUUCAGCUCACUGUGCGGCUGUGAAACAACACACAUGUACAUAUGUAAGUGUAAUCUCCGGCAUGCGAUUUUCACGUGCUUUUCUGCUAAAAGCAAGCAUAGGCAACGCUGAUACGAUUUACAUAACUUUUCUUGAUGCCCAACAGCGUUGAGCAGUAAUUGUUUUUGUUUAGAUAUAAUAAAAGCUUUGACUUUUGUGUGGGGAUAAAGCCACCAGCAAAUAUCAGUGGUGAUAUGAAUAAUUAAAUAGUACGACCUCAUCAAUCUAAAAGUGUCGUUGAUAUAAAAAUAACAACUAAUCUGGGAAAUGUGUUCGCAUUCACUAAAAUUUGAUAAACAUGGCAAAACAUGACUAUUAUAUAAUAUUUUGUUAUUUAAGUGAGAAAUAGCAAGCAAAUGAAUAGUGAAAAAAAUAACAUUUAUCAGAAUAUUUGGAAGUGUUUAUAUCAAAUAAUGAAUUAUAAAUAUUGCACUUACACAUACAAGUUUCGUUUAAGAUUUAUUCGUAUUGAUUUUUCUUGCUCGUUCAAACUUUUUCAUUUAUUUCACGCACUAUUCUUUCAAAACAAAAAAACUCGUAUAAAUGUAAAAAUUUUUUAUUUUGAUUUUCAUUUGAGUGAGUGUGUAAGUGCAUUGCUCCUCAUGAUCUGUAAGAAAAACUUUUACUCUACUGCCUUCAUUAGACUAAGUAUAAAUCGGUGUGAAAAAACUGGAAAAGUUUGAAUACUCUCAAUUAAUUGCAUACUCAAAUUAAUUUUAAUAGCUUUUCUGCAUCUUAAUGCUCAAGAUGCGCAUUAGCUCCUUAAGUGAUAAGUUCAUAUGUAUGUAUGGAGGUGGUGGGACUUUACUGCAAUCUAUUGGAUAUGUAAUUUUCGCAUAUAAGCACAACUUAUUUACAUUCCCCUAUAGUUUCCAAAACUGUAUAUAUCAAAGCUUCAAAGCAGCUGUGCCUGAGCAGUGAUAGAGAAGUUAAGAAAUCGAUUAUUUACUUACAUAUAAAUAUAUGAAUCAAAACGAUCUAGCGCACAAUUUUAUGCACAAACAUAAAAAGUAAAAAGAAUAAAGUAACGAUAAUUAACAUGCUUAAUUGCUUUACUAAAAAUGCCUUCAUAAAAUGCGAAUUAUAAAUAAAUAACCAAUGUAUAAUAUUAAUAUACUAUAAUACUUGGAUAUGCUUGAACCACAAUAAAAUAACAUAAAGCCAAGGUUUACGAUCAAAAGUUUAUGUGUAUGCUUGCAUAAUAAAUCGUGUGUAUAAAUAUGUACAUAUCUGACCAUGUCUAUAUAUAAAAUACUCAAUUAAGCCUGGUUUGUACUUUAUGUCCUAUGUAUACAAGUAUUUUGAAGAAGCAAAUUGGUAUGAGCUUCAAAUGAUCUAAAGCGUAAUAUUAAUAUUGAGAAAUAAAAAUCGGAAAUUAUUACUAACGAAAA